UCCUUCUCAGUAAAAUGAAGGGCUGGAUUCGAUCAUUUCCCAAGGUUUCCUAGCUUUUAGUGCUGCUGGUUGUUUAUUGCAAAAGAGAAACAAAAGGGAGUAGCCAGAAUUAUCUAAAGGGUGCUAUUUUACUUUGCUUCUAGUCUCUGUCCUAAGUUCUUGUGCCUUGCUGCACAAAUCGCUUCCCUCCUGGAUCUUUUAACCCUUUCCCUUUACUUCCUUGUCAUCCCUGGAUCAUGUAGUUAAAGGCUUUGAGCCCUCCAAGUUAUUAGUGUUGGCACAUGGUCCUUCCUGGUGACUUGUCAGUAUCACCUCCCGCUCCCUGUGAACAACCCUCCAAAUCGUGUUUGUGUCUGCAGAGCUCCAUCCUGGAAGAUGCGGAAGCCUUCUUGGAGUUGUCUUGGAGCCCUGCUCAUGGCUCUAAUGUUUCAGGCCUCAGUGGAAGUUCAUGGUUGCUCCCUGGACAAUCCAUGUAAAGACAGCACGACAGCUGAAAGUCUGCUGGAAUGCAUAAAAUCCUGUUCUAUGGACUCAUCUAAUAUACUUGAAUACAGAGGAAUUGCACAAAAUGAGCUAAAACGUACCACAAACUACUCUCAUAAAAAAUAUAAGCAAAGAGAUAUCCACAGUGGCAGCAUCAGCAGUGAUGGUAGAAAUGUGAAUCAAAAGAGGCAGGAGCUAAUACAGGGGGACUUCCUGGAUCUUUUCUCUCCAGGAGUUCGGGGAGAGGACAAAGAGGUGCAAGAAGAGGGUCUGUCACUGAUCCGACCAGCCAGACAAUUAGAUAACAAAAGGUCCUAUUCCAUGGAGCACUUCCGCUGGGGGAAGCCAGUGGGUAAAAAGAGGCGCCCUGUGAAGGUCUAUCCCAAUGGAGUGGAAGAAGAAUCUACAGAGUCCCAUUCCACGGACUUCAGAAGAGAUCUCCCCAUGAAAAUAGAUUAUCUUGAGGAUUCUGAGUCAAUUGUUGAUAGAAGGGAGGAUACCAUGGAGGACAUAGAUAAAAAGAAAAAGAAAGAACCUGUGAAGAUCUAUCGCAAUGGGGUGGAAGAAGAAUCUACAGAGUCCCCUCUCCCCAUGAGUAUGAACUAUCCUGAGGUUUCUGAGCUAAUUUUUUAUAGAGGGAAGGAAGCAGAUGAAAACAAAGAGAGAUAUAAGAUGGAACAUUUCCGGUGGGGGAAGCCGUUGACUAAAAAAAGGCGCCCUGUGAAGGUCUAUCACAGAAUAACAAAAGAAGAAUCUGCAGAGUCCCAUCCCAUGAACUUCAGAAGGGAUCUUCCCACGAAUAUGAACUAUCCUGAGGUUUCUGAGCUAAUUGUUAAUAGAGGGGAGAAUACUGUGGAGGAUACAGAUAAAAAUAAAAAGAAUAAAAGGGGCUAUAAUAUGGAGCAUUUCUGGUGGGGUACCUCUCCCAGGAAUAAGCGAUAUGGUGGCUUUAUGGUUUCUGAGAAGAGUCAUACUCCUCUCAUGACACUGUUCAGAAAUGCCAUAAUCAAGAAUGCCCCUGACAAGGGCCAGUGAGGGAAAACCUCGGGGGAGGAAUAGUCUUAGGUUUUUAUGAGAGAAGUAGGCCCCAGUUCCCUUCUGCCCCUUUCCUAUCCCCUGUAUCUUCCAUUUCCCAGGCUUGGGAUGUGUUAGAUAGUUAAACCCUCAACAGCCAUGCCUUCAGUCAUUAAAGCUGUCUGUUUGGUCUUUAGGAAAUAAAAUUCAUUUGACUUCA